UUUUUUUUUCAGUGAGUUUAUUAUCAAAGAUACCUCAGAUGGAUCAGCUGGAAUAAGGUAGAGGGAGUUCAGAAAACUUCCAACAAGGUAGUCACUUGCUUGAAGACUGGUAGAGAAGAAAUCAUCUAAUAUAUUGGCUGUUUCAGUAGGGAGCAUUACAUCCAGUACCCAUUGAUUACCAACCACAAGCAACUUGCUGCCCGGUCCCACUGCCGGGCCACUGACCACAGGCAACAUCUUGGCCAGUCCUACUGCUGGACCACUGACCACAGGUAACUUCUUGGCCAGUUCUUCUGCUGGACCACUGACCACAAGCAACAUCUUGGCCAGUCCCACUGCUGGACCACUGACCACAUCGCACUCAGUUCCACCGACAGCAAAGUUUCACUCAAGGGCCUUUGAGGAUGGAAAACGACGAACCAGAAGAGUGUAAAGUGUGCUUUAACAAUUAUGAUGAAGACCUUCGACGACCACGCACUCUGCCGUGUGGUCACACAUUCUGCUCACAGUGUAUUGAAGAUACAAUUAAGAAUGCUCAGCUCACCUGUCCCAGCUGUCGUGCUGAGCACAGUGCCACAGAUGCUACUCAGUUCCCGAUCAGCUACACUAUGGAGGCUGUGAUAAAGAAACUCAGAAAUAUCCAGGUUACAUCAGUGGGAACAAUGUCAACAAAAUGUGGUCAAGACCGCACAAGAGGUAUCAGCAAGAAGUUACGGUCUUUGGUACAGGAACACAAGAGCAGUAUCAGUAACCUUAUAAGUGAGUGUGAAGAAGCACUGUCCCAGCUGGGCAAGUACCAGGGGCAGGUGAGGGACUGGAAGAUCCAGCAUCACCAACUGCAGGACAGACUCCAUGAUCUGCUGGAGCAGAACAAGGCAGCAAUAGAGCUCCUGGAACAGGAGGAUACCAGUGUGCUGACAAUGACAACAGAAGGAGAGGCAGGAAAGAAGCAGCUGCAGACCAUGCUGGAGAACCUCAUCACAGUCAACACUGUACAGGAGGUCGUCACAACCAUUGAUGAGGCUGAUCACUACAGUGUGGAGGCUGAAGAUUGGAUCCAGAAGUGCCAGGAACUCUUCCCAAAUGUCAACACUGUCUACACCUCAGUAAAGGUACAGGAGACCAUUAAGAAGGCCCUGGACACCAUCACCACAGAGACAGGUGCCACAGCUGCCACUGUUCUCCAGGGAGACUCAACCACCACCAUCAUGGAGAAAGUUAAGAUAAUUACUGGUGAAAUCCCUCCAGCGACAUUAACUAUUGAUCAUCUUCGUGAGAUGAGUGAGAGCGUCAAGAGGCUGGUGGAGGCUGGCCUGGUGUUUGGUGUCCAGCAAGACCAAGAUGACCUCCGCUACUCCAGGAUAACUUUACAAGAUGGCCAACUGUAUCUCCACGUUCUCCAGCACCAACCACCACCCACCCACGCCCACACUAUCCAGGUGAGCGAGGUGUUGGAGGCGCUGGAUCACUCCUCCACUCUGGUAUUUCUUGACCUGGCCUGGCCUGGAUCACUGCCCCAGCCUGGAUCACUGACCCAGCCUGGAUCACUGCCCCAGCCUGGAUCACUGCCCCAGCCUGGAUCACUGCCCCAGCCUGGAUCAAUGCACAGCACUGGAUCACUGACCCAGCCUGGAUCUCUGUGCCCCAGCCUGGGAUCAAGUCCCAGCCGGGAUCACUGA